AUGAACGAGUAUCAGAUCAGUAUUAUUCCUUCCUUACUUUUCGUUGUAGUUGUGUCUUUUCCGGCCGCUGCUCUCGGUCGACAUAUCAUUCAAUUCUCAAUACUAUUCGCCAGCAGCAUCUUCCUCUCCGUUCUGGGGGUGUACUCGCUCUCUCUAAUAACUACCAAGGCAUCUGGUCCUGCAUCGCGUUCAAAGGGCUCAUUGAAGAAGAUUGACCAACCUAAAAAGUGGUACGAUCUAUCGCUCGAAUGGAAGACUCGCGUCUUUGGGAUUGUAGCAGCCGCAUAUGUCCUGGCCUUGCCAUACUUCGCACCAGGUGGACCACUGGCUGAAUGCGUCGCGAGGGCAAUCCUCUUCGCCUGUGCUGGCAAGAUACUGGACUUGACGGUGGCGAGAGCACAUAAGCCUCCGAAGAUGAUGGAAAGAGGGAAAGCAGUUCCGGUCACUGAUCGGAACCGUCGUCAAUACGUCUGGCUUUUGCUCAGGGAGUGUCGAUACCAUUCGUUCGAUAUCGCCACCAGUGAGAAGGAGAGGGAUAGGCCCGCGAGUACGAUCUGGACGUUUGGACCUGGAAUUAUAGUACCAUUACUGGUCUACUUCGUUCCAUGCUCAGAGACAAGAUUUCUGCUCGUGCUCUUGAUCAUCCACGCCGGCAUGGAGACUGGCCAUACGAUCUUGCAUCCGUCCAGUCCCCAUCCCCUUUUCUGGCAACCCUUCGCUGCAGGAUCGAUUUCGAGCUUCUGGCGGACACAUUGGCAGCAAGACGCUGCGUCAUUUCUGUAUUCGUUGGCGUACGCACCGGCCAAGGAGGUCGUUGGGAGGCGUUUUGGGAAGCAAGCUGGUCGUGUUGCCGGUGUGAUGGCUGCGUUUAAUCUGAGUGGGAUUUGGCAUGGUUGGGCGGCUGCUUGUGUGAGUACGGCGCCGUGGCGUACUGGCGCUGGUAUGUGGGCGCUGUUUGUUGCCCAUGGAGUGUUGUGCUUGGUGGAGAGUGCUGUGUGGAAGGAUCGUCAGGGAGGGUUGGUGCAACGGAUCCUGGUUUGGGCGUUUGCUAUUUGGAGUACUGGGAUGUGGAUUAGAGAUACUGAGGAGCGUGUUGAUGUUCCGUGGUUGAAGGAGUACCUCGUGUGA